AUGCCUCCCUUCCCCAAACCUGCCGCCGAAGACUCCAAGUCAGUUUUCUGGAUGCUCCGUUCCUUCACCAUUGGCAAGGAGCAGAAGACCACUGGCCAUACAACCCUCUUCCUCGAUCGUGCCAACGCUGAGUUUGGCUUCGUCGCAUACACGUCUGCUAGCAUCGCGUUCGUCCUCCGCUUCCCAGAAACCAACGAGCCAAUCUACUUCCAAGCCAAAACCGCACGUGCAGCAGCCUGGCGAGACAAGAGCAAGAAAGUUUCGAUCCUGUUCCAGCACCUUCAAGUCGAUCUGGAGUUUGCGUCAACGGAUCGAGCGAGAGGGUUUUUGGAUGUGCUGGAGGAUAUCGCGACGGCAGCUGGGAAUCAUUUCUUCUAUAGCUAUGAAGUCCCACAGAAAGUCGCCUUCGUCAAACCCGACUUCGACAUGGAACAGCAAGGUUUCACAAGCCGCGCUCCACAACCUUGGAUCGCCGUCCCCGCUGACUCUUCCGAGUGGCCUCGCCUCCGGAAGACAGGCGAGUGGUCAGACUUCACCAUUUACGCGGGUGGCAGUCAAUUCCGCGUCCAUCGCGUCAAGCUUUGCAAAGAGUCAUACUACUUCAGAGCCGUAUGCAGCGGCGGCUUCUCCGAGACCGCAAAACAAUCCAUUGAGCUACCAGAGUCAGCACAAGUCGUAUCCACGCUUCUGGAUGAGAUGUACGGUGUCUAUAACCCGACUACUGGUUCCAUCUUCACGAACUUUGCGCUGAGGAUGGAGAUUGAGAAGGAGCUUAUGAUGAAUCAGCUUUUGGAUCUGUUUAUCGCUGCGGAUAAGUACAACCUCAACCCCAUCAAGCGCCGCGCCGCCGAAGCCAUCAUCGACCGCCUCCCCUUCAUCACAGACCCGCUUAUGAUCGUCGACCUCGCCACAUGCAUCUACCACGAACAGUGUCCUGAGAACGAUCGCGGACUGCGCAAGGCUAUCAUUGAGUGUGUGGGGUUGCGCAUGCCGGCUAUACUGGAGGAUGAGAGUGCGUGGGAGGAGUUCUCGGAGAAUAAGAAUGUGUUGAGGGCUUUUCAUGUGGCGCUGUGUGAGAUGGGUGAGGGGGGUGGGUUGGUUGGGGGUAGAGGUGGAGGUGGAGGUGGAGGUGGAGGUGGGAUUGUGACGCCGCCUGCUACGCCUAGGUAG